GCUAGAGAUUAAUUAAAAGGUAUAACUCUAUAUAAGUAUAAGAAAGAGAUAUAAACUCAUCAGGAUUCUCUCACCGAAAAACAACAUGAAGUCAUCAUCAUCAUCAUCAUCAUCAUGGAGGUUUCUCACCACCACAAGCCUAGACCAGAGAAACACAUCUUCGGUUACACCAAAGCAAAUGAAAAAGACGGCUUCAAGGAACAAACCUAUCAAAGUCCGUUACAUAUCUAAUCCCAUGAGAGUCAAAACUUGUGCGUCCAAGUUUAGAGAACUCGUACAAGAACUCACCGGCCAAGACGCCGUCGAUCUUGAGCUUGAGCCCGAGUUUUCCCCUUCCGCUGUAUCCGACCACAGCCCUUCUCCGCCACUGCCGGAGAAUCUUGCGCCAUAUGUUCUUCAUCAGGAGCCGUUCGAUGAUCUGGUGGCUGGACAUUAUGAGCCGUUGGAUGGUGACCAGAUGUUUUUGUCGCAGAUGUCGGGAGGUUUUUCUGGAUAUUUGUCGAAUGAGUUUUAUAAUGUGAAUGACUACUUUGGAAGAAUCGGAUCUAUGUGAAGAUCUUCGGAGUAUUUAGGGGUCUCAAUACAAUUAUGAAACCAUACAUAUGUUUAAAUUGCUACAUGUAAAUUAACUACUUAUACCAAGGUUUGUGAAGAGAGUUGUAAGAGUAUUGAGUCAUUUGUAAAAGUUUUUGAAUGAACCUCUUGAUUUAUUGUUUUGUUAGAUUA